AGCGUUCAUGCACCUCUGAAAUGUUUCUAAAGUACUAGCUUCCGUUUUGUAUUCGUUGGGACUAAGAACUGUUUGUCUACUGUAGCUGUAACUGCUGCUGGUUUACUCUGUAACCUGCACCUGCAGGAUCUGGCCUGGUACCCUCAGUCCACAUGCUGCUGUGAACCCAGAGCCCUCCCGGUGCCCAGCUAUUUCUGCCCUUCGGAAUAUCUCUCGGUUCUCCCUAAAUAUACACACAUGGGUUUGCCCUGCACCACGUGCCUGUCCGCCCCAAAUAUCGUUCCUCUCCCAAAUACAGCUCUGUGCUCCCAAAUUCCAUGGUCGCCCCACCUACUCUCUGCCUCCUAAAUGCCUAGCUGACUGCACACAGCCUGCCCCACUCCCCCUCCCACAUUCCGAUGUCCUCCUCACACAAUUUAAUGCCCCCCUUCCAUGUACCUUGGGGCCCCCCCACUUAGCAUCAUCCCCCCCCCCACACCAUCCCCAGAAGUCUGAGUAACCUAGGUACUGAUCCUUGCUCCUCCACCGCACUGUGCAUUCCUUCCUAUCUGUCCUAGGCAUUGAUCCCUUUCGUCAAGGCCCAACCAACUUCCCUAAGAUCUCAGUCUCAACUUGGACUGUGCUAUCAAACCUCCCCACGGGGGUCUCAACUCCUCUGCCACUCGGCCCGUGUGGGUUGGCCGCGCGACGCUCCCGGUGACCACUAGAGGGCAGGCGUUCCUGGCCAGAAGGACCGGCCAGCCUGCCACUCAAAGUGGAAAGUUGGGUAGGAAGGACCUUAGGCUUCGGUAGAGCCCAAGUUUCGUCCUUUUUUAAGUGGAAAUUUCCCCCCACCGCCUUUCUCGGGAGCAAGCCAAAGAGGGACCCAGGCUACUGGAAAGUCUGGCAGGGGCGGGGACUGUGGUUUUCAGAGUACAGGGAGCGGUUAGGAGGGUGGGGCUAUUCCGGGAAGUGGGGUGGGGGGAGCCUAAAACUAGUGACCUGUCCACUAUUAUCCAACCCCCUUGUGUCCUCUCAACCUAUGGAAAGCGGUUUCAAGGACCUUCAGAGAGAAUAGGGAAAAGGGUUGGGGGAUCUAGGGAUGGGCUUUCCUGGGCUCGUUGUCCAGGGCCUUUCUGCGCUCCAUUUCCUCACCUUAGCUGUUGCUCUGGGGCUAAAACCAGAGCCAGGGGGCCCCAGGUUUCCUCCACAUACACGCCUGGGGAAGUCAAGGAGUGGCUGGUAAAAGGGGGAGGCCAAUUGGAGAAUAAACAGGUUGUCAUGAGGUUGAGUGAUUGGAGCCCAAGUACCCUACACAGGAAUGGCUGGGGAGGAGGAGGAAAAGCUAGGGGAGGGGGCGGAGUUUUGCUACCUGUCACCUGCUCUAGCUGUGACUAGGGCGGGAGGGGUACUGGUAUAAAGCAGCAGGCACCAGAGCUCCACGGCACACACGCAGCACCCGAGUCCGUCUCUGCCCCCUUUCCCGCCUGUUCACUGCCACCAUGACUCCAGGCAUCCGGGCUCCUUUCUUCCUGAUGCUGCUUCUAGCAAUUGUACCAGAUAAACACAGAGUCGCCUUAUCUCAGGACAACAAGAGUUUCUCAACCUUGACUACCACGCCAGCCUCUGCCCCAGCCACCAGCUCUACAGUGGACUCGGCCACCACUCCGGUCCACACUGGUUCCUCAGCCCCAGCCACCAGCUCUACAGUGGACUCGGCCACCACUCCGGUCCACACUGGUUCCUCAGCCCCAGCCACCAGCUCUACAGUGGACUCGGCCACCACUCCCGUCCACACUGGUUCCUCAGCCCCAGCCACCAGCUCUACAGUGGACUCGGCCACCACUCCCGUCCACACUGGUUCCUCAGCCCCAGCCACCAGCUCUACAGUGGACUCGGCCACCACUCCCGUCCACACUGGUUCCUCAGCCCCAGCCACCAGCUCUACAGUGGACUCGGCCACCACUCCGGUCCACACUGGUUCCUCAGCCCCAGCCUCCAGCUCUACAGUGGACUCGGCCACCACUCCGGUUCACACUGGUUCCUCAGCCCCAGCCACCAGCUCUACAGUGGACUCAGCUACAACUCCAGUCCACACUGGUUCCUCAGCCCCAGCCACCAGCUCUACAGUGGACUCGGCCACCACUCCGGUCCACACUGGUUCCUCAGCCCCAGCCACCAGCCCUACAGUGGACUCGGCCACCACUCCCGUCCACACUGGUUCCUCAGCCCCAGCCACCAGCUCUACAGUGGACUCGGCCACCACUCCCGUCCACACUGGUUCCUCAGCCCCAGCCACCAGCUCUACAGUGGACUCAGCUACAACUCCAGUCCACACUGGUUCCUCAGCCCCAGCCACCAGCUCUACAGUGGACUCGGCCACCACUCCGGUCCACACUGGUUCCUCAGCCCCAGCCACCAGCUCUACAGUGGACUCGGCCACCACUCCGGUCCACACUGGUUCAUCCAUCCAAACCACCAAGGCUAUAUCAGGCUCAGCUACCACUCCAAUCCACAAUGACUCCUUGGUCCCAACGACCAGCUCUACAUUGGGCUCAGUCACUAGUCCAGCCCACAGUAGUGCCUCAUCUACAACUAAUAGCUCUGAAUCAGACUUGGCCACCACUCCAGUGUACAGUGGCACCUCUGUCUCUACUACCAAGGCUACUUCAGUCCAUAUCACCCCAGUCCACAAUGGCUCCUCGGUGCCAACUACCAGCUCUGUGUUGGGCUCAUUCACCACUCCAAUCCACAAUAACAUCUCUACAAUGGCUACUACAACUCCAGUUGGCAGUGGUACUCAAUCUUCAGGCCCAAGCCGGACCCCUGUUACUCCCACCACCCUCGCCAUCUCCAGGAACGGCACUGUUACCUAUAGUACUUACUACAGCACGGCACUUUUCCCUACCUCCUCCAGUGAUAGUUCUCCCCAGCUGUCUGUUGGGGUCUCUUUCUUCUUGUUGUCUUUCCACAUUUGGAACCAACAGUUUAAUUCCUCCCUGGAAGAUCCCAGCUCCAACUACUAUCAAGAACUGAAGAGGAACAUUUCUGGAUUGUUUCUGCAGAUAUUUAACCAAGAUUUUCUGGGAAUCUCUACCAUCCAGUUCAGACCAGGCUCGGUGGCGGUAGAAUCGACUGUGAUUUUCCGGGACGGUGCUGUCAGUGCCUCUGAGGUGAAGUCGCAGCUUUUACAGCAUGAAAAGGAGGCGGGAGCCUAUAAUCUGGCUAUUUCAAAAGUCAAUGUGAAUGAGAUGCAGUUCCCUCCUUCUGCCCAGUCUUGGCCUGGCGUACCAGGCUGGGGUAUUGCCCUGCUGGUGCUGGUCUGUAUCUUGGUUGCUUUGGCCAUUACCUAUCUCAUUGCACUGGCAGUGUGUCAGUGCCGCCGAAAGAACUAUGGACAUCUGGACAUCUUUCCCACCCAGGACACCUACCAUCCUAUGAGUGAAUAUCCCACCUACCACACUCAUGGACGCUAUGUGCCACCUGGCAGUACCAAACGUAACCCCUAUGAGGAGGUUUCUGCAGGUAAUGGGGGCAGCAGCCUGUCUUACAGCAACCCAGCAGUGGCAACCACGUCCGCCAACUUGUAGGGGCAAGUCACCAGCUCGGGGACGGUGGUGGCGGCCAUCUGCUCCCUGUUUUCACUGCCAGACCCCUGCACUCUGAUCUGGGCUGGUGAGCCGGAGUUCUGGUGGGCAGCUCACAGCCUUCCUGAGACUCUGUGGAGUGUCUCAACCAUCUUAGUCUGGUGAAGCCCAGCCCUGCCCCGGGGGAUACCCUGGGGCAG